AUAGGUUAUUUUUCGUAAAAUGUUUUAUUCACACCCUGCCAAUAAGUCUACAGGCACAUUGGGUGUCAUUGUAAGUCAUGGUGAAAAUGUUUACAGUGUUAGUUUUCGUCAUUCAGACAAUACAUGGUUUAGCAAGCUAUGAGAACAGUAUUCACGAUAGUGUUAAUCCACAGCAGAACUCAUAUGACAUGCAGGUCUAUGUUGUAUCUUCAGAACCAAGUGUAGAAAUGUAUCCUGCAGAAAAAACGAAAUAUGGUAAUCGAGAGAAUUGCAAGCCAACGUAUUUGACAAAUAUUGCAUCGCCUUCUUCACGGGGAAGAUUGUACCCUAUCAAAAAAUCCGGGGAGUCGUAUUUGGUGUGGUUCAACGAUUCUAAUUACUUCACAGUUGACGUUAGCGAGAAUUGUUCCAGCCUCCUAUUAGAAAGUAUAUAUAUGGUUAUAUAUCAAAUGAUUAACGUUACAUAUUUGAAAGACUUUCUUGGACCUUGUAAAAAUGAAAUAGUUAUUCGGAAUAACUUAUGUGACCCAAACGUAACAUACAGCACCAGACUUAUCGAAAACAUCGCUAUUCCGUAUUUUUCCGAUGAGAACCGAACACCAGUUACCAUUCUGAUGUCAGCUUUGGCUAUAUCUGAUAGUAUGACAGCACUGUUGAUGAACGGUCUAACAUUAAUAGCCUAUCACAAAUAUGGUCAUCAUGUUGACACUUACAAUGAAGAAAUAUGGUGGUACCAUUUUGACAUUGCAGAAUGUUUAAUUACCAUGGUGAUUAAUGAUUUGAUUAUAGGGAAUGGUACACGAUCUGGUGUUGGGGGAACUAGACCUAAAGAUAUCGACUAUAGUAUAGGGUAUGGUACACGAUCUGGUGUUGGAGGAACUAGACCCAGAGAUAUCGACUAUAGUAUAGGGUAUGGUACACGAACUGGUGUUGGGGAAACUAGACCUAGAAAUAUAGACUAUAGUAUAGGAAAUGGUCCACGAUCUGGUGUUGGGGAACUAGACCUAGAGAUAUAG